AUGGGUGGCAAAUCAGCAACCAAGGCCGGCUACUUCGACAAGCUCAAGGGCUUGCUCGAGKAGUACAAGUCCAUCUUCAUCGUCACCGUCGACAAUGUCUCGUCGCAGCAGAUGCACGAGAUCCGUCAGUCGCUCCGCGGMGAGUCGGUCGUGUUGAUGGGCAAGAACACCAUGGUUCGCCGUGCGCUCAAGACCUUCAUCGGAGACUUCCCCGAGUACGAGCGCCUCCUCCCUCACGUCAAGGGCAACGUUGGGUUCAUCUUCACCAACUCCGACCUCAAGGAGACCCGUAACAAGAUCUUGGCCAACCGUGUCGCCGCGCCUGCCCGUGCUGGUGCCGUCGCUCCCGACGAUGUCUUCGUCCCGGCCGGAAACACCGGCAUGGAGCCCGGUAAGACUUCUUUCUUCCAGGCUCUCGGUGUCCCCACCAAGAUUGCUCGUGGUACCAUUGAAAUCACCAGCGACUUGAAGCUCGUCACCGCCGGCUCCAAGGUCGGUCCUUCCGAGGCCACCCUCCUCAACAUGCUGAACAUCUCUCCCUUCACCUACGGCAUGGGCAUCUACCAGAUCUACGAUCAGGGUCAGACGUUCGAGUCCAGCGUGUUGRACAUUGAGGAGUCUCAGCUUCUCAAGGCCUUCAGCUCGGCCAUCACCACCGUUGCCUCGCUCUCCUUGGCGCUCAACUUCCCAACUCUCCCAUCCGUCAUGCACAGCUUGGUCAACACCUACAAGAAGGCCAUCUCCUUGGCCAUUGAGACCGACUACGAGUGGGAGGCCAUUCACGAGCUCAAGGACCGCAUCAAGAACCCAGACGCCUAUGCUUCAUCUGCACCAGCUGCUGCUGCCACCACUGAGGCUGCUGCCGAUGCCCCUGCUGCCGCCAAGGAGGAGGAGAAGGAGGAGUCUGAGGAUGAGGACAUGGGCUUCGGUCUCUUCGACUAA